AGAUUACCUCUUGGACUCCGAGGAUUUUAUAAAGCCUUGACGGAACCACUCUGUCGUUUGUACCUGGGUACGUUUGACUGUACAUCCACCCUCGCAAAGUGCCGGCCAAGGUUCUAACCUCAUCAUGAUGGCCCCACCCAACAUUCCAUCCACAUCCCGAGUAUUGGACCGUGAUGUCAUGGUAACAACUGCAGGCAUGAUACGAUAUAUAACUGCAUGCCACAUGGGAUUCUAGUAUAUUUUGAUGGAACAAUACUACAAUAUCUAGCAGACCUGCAUCACAUACAGCUCCUCUGGACGCAGACAAUGUCAGCUUUUCAAAGUAAAUUCUCUAGUCUUGAGGCGCAGCUAGGAGAAAUUUACCAGCGAAUCGAUGACAAUCUCGACAUUCGUGAUCCCAAUGGGCGGAUUGACUAUCCUAUUGAGCGCCUCGCUGCCCUCAAAAGCAUCAUUUCCCAGCUCUCCGUCGACUCGAAAAGCAACGGUCACCUUCAGAGCGAUAGCCUCGUGAAUGUGAUUUCCAAGUCUUGCGACCGUCUUCGUGCAUCCCUUGACGUAACCUCAGAAUCGGAUGUCUUGAGCUAUCAGCUGUCGAACCUCUCGUGGUUAGUGAGCGCGAAAGCGUCCAUACAGACAAUUGCUGUGGUAUCAAAGGUUUUUUCUGAUAACUUUCACCUGCUCAACGAAGAAAUACGAUACUGGGACGACGUUUUAGAGUCUGAGUGGGGCCUAAGUCUUUUCACCAUCCAGACAUUCCCUCUUAAAAUAUGGCGAAGGAACAUGGAACCUGGACACAACGACAGCAGCAGUGCAGCCUCCAAGCACCUCGCGGAAUAUAUUGCUGCUAGGACAAGACCUAGCUCUAGUUUAUGGGUUCAAUUCUACAAUUCGGCCCAACGAUGCACUUCUUUACGACCUUGCACCUUCCAAGUUGGGUUAUUUUGGUCUUUAAAUGAAUCGAAGUUAGAGAUACAACGGAGAAAGCGGAAAUUAAAAGUAAUGAGAGACUUUAACGCAAGCUCGGUUGGACUUCUGAUCGGAGAGUGUCUAUCAUUCGGAGAGGGUAUUUACAAAGCUGGUAGUAUCGAUGGAUUUCAGGACGGCUCUACGGGCAGUUCUAUCAAUGGGGACUUGUCCCAAGCAGUGCAGGCCAGUGUCGGUAUUCUGAAAUCUCUUCUGCAGACAGCUGGGGACGAGAAUGGGAUUUGCGAGCAUGCGAAUAAACUUGUUGGGAUUGGUGACGACCCAUCUCGAUGGGAAAAAUACAACUCUGGAAUCGACCUCGACGCACAAGGCACCCUUCGUGAACUAAUCUACAUUCUUACAGAUCUUCUUCCUAGGCAUAAGCAAAUCUCAACAGGGUGUAUCGUUGAACUUGGACGCCCAUCAGCCGCAGUUCGGUAUUGGCUGCCAAUUUCCCUGGCACUGGUUUCAACAACUACGUCGUUGAAAAUCGCGAGGGACGUCGGCCCUGUUUUGGUUGAAUCGAUUUCGAACUUUGGGGCCACCACCCUCGAUUUCUGGAAGAAUUGGGUUGUCAGCCCGACAUGGAAGCUUAUUCGGACCAUACGACACGAUGAAAAGAGCGAUAUCGCUCUGAUGAGCAAGAGCAGUCUGGAAGCGGAUCGAGCAAGUCUUGAAAGAAUGGUAGUUGACUUUGUGCUCGAUCGUGGUGAGCACAGCGACCCUGCUGAGCCAACAGAUUUUAUUGCGGAUAAAGUCAGAGAAGGCGACUUGACGCCAGUGCUGAGAGCCUACGAGAAAGACCUGCGGACUCCUUUUGUGGGUACUGUUCGGGGGGAUCUAGUUCGCGCUCUCUUGAUUCAGAUCCAGAAAACUAAAGUAGACGUCGAGGUAGCUAUGAGUGGCAUCGACGCUUUACUCAAAAGCCAGGAGCUUGUUUUCGGCUUUGUUGGUCUGACCCCCGGACUCCUUAUAUCGUAUGCUUCAAUGCGUUGGCUUUUUGGGUUUCUUGGUAGUAGGAGAGGCUUCAGGUUGGGCAAAAAACAGGACAACUUACGAUAUGCUUUGCGGUAACAGACAGUCUGCCUGUUGUGAGAAUUAGCUGACAUACAUCCAAGGAAACUCCAUCGAAUACUUUCAACGUCUAGUCCCACGGCAGGCGGGCGUCUCACGUAUAGAGAUCACGGUUUA